CAAGAUGAAAUGGCCAGUGAAGUUUUUAAGGUCAGGGAAGCUGCAUCUUCAAAAGAUGUUGAGAGCACUUCUGCUGGGUCAAUUGCAGAUCAUGGCAUAAAACCAUCCUCUACUUUGUAUGUCCUUUGGAUGUCAGCUUUGGAUAAUCUGGAAAUACAUUGUGACCCGGUAAACUUUACCCAGCCUUCAGAAGCUCCUCCCUUUGCUCAGUCUUCAAUGGCUCUGUCCUCAGUCCAGGCUCCAGUUGUUCCACCCUCUGUCCACCCUCUAAUGGCUCCGCCCUUUGCCCAGCCUCUAGUGGCUCCACCCUCUUGUGGCUCCGCCCUCUGCCCAGCCUCUAGUGGCUCUGCCCUCUGCCCAGCCUCCUGUUGUUUCUCCCUUUGCCCAGACUCUAGUUGCUCUAGCCUCUGACC